GCCCGGCGGACAGAGUGGAAUGAGAAUAAAACGUGAGUUGUCGGUGUUUCUGGUCACAGACUCUUCUCUUUACACCGGAGCUUGUGCUGUUUUUUUUAUUUGUUUGUUUGUUUGUUUGUUUGUUUAUUUUUGCGUUCUCGGUGUCCGUUCACAUGAUGUUUAAUGCUGAGACCCUUCCCAGUGUGCGCGCGUGCGCGCCGUAGUUCGGUCUCGAGACGCGCUGUGAACUAAAGCUUAGGAAUUAAAAUAGAUUCUAGUUCAGUUUGACGAGCUGCAGAUUCGGACACCGAAACAUCUGGGGGAACUGAAAACAUCUGUCUCUCCUCCGGGUUUUAUUUUAUUCUUUUGUGAAUUUGUGGGAAAAAGUUGAAAGGUAUGGUGAACAGCCAGGCGGUGGGCGGAGCCGGGUGUACGUCCCGUGCCUGCGCGGGCUGCGGCGGCCGAAUCUCCGACCGCUUCCUGCUCUUCUCCAUGGAGCGCUACUGGCACACACGCUGCCUGAAGUGCUCGUGCUGCCAGGCUCAGCUGGGAGACAUCGGCACCACCUGCUACAGCAAAGGAGGCAUGAUCCUGUGCAGGAGCGACUACAUCAGGUUGUUCGGGCACACAGGUGCAUGCAGUGCUUGCGGCCAGUCGAUUCCUCCCAGCGAGAUGGUGAUGAGGGCACAGGGUAACGUCUACCACCUCAAGUGUUUCUCCUGUGCGACGUGCAGAAACCGCCUGGUCCCUGGCGACCGCUUCCACUACGUCAACGGCACCAUCUUCUGCGAGCACGAUCGACCCAGUGCCACGCUGCUCAGUGCACAUCUGCAGGGCAACCCCAUGCUGCCCGACCAAAAAGUUUGCUGAAAGCCCGUCCUCCUCCUCAUCCUCCUCUUCGUCUUCGUCCUCACUUCAUCCCACCAUGUCUCACGACCCUCGUGAUCUUCUCCAGCUCUCCUGUGCAUGCACUUCUCCUCGCAUUCCAAAAGAUCAGAAGCACUUCCGAACUCCACUCCACCACCCUCCUCCAGAGGAACUCAUCCUUCCUUCCUUCCAUCCUUCCUUCCUUUUCUUUCUGAACGGAGCUGCAGGAUUUCUCGCCCCACGAGACGUUCCUCAGGCCCGGGGUUUUCAUCUCUAAUGGACUCUACAGGAUUUCACGUAGACUCUGAACACUUUAAACGUGGAUCCUGGUGUGUGGCUUUCACAAGCGCUUUCCCAGACUGCUUGUGUUCUUAUUUUUUAUUUACUUUGCUUUGUUUUCUCUAGCCUGCAGAACUGCAGUUAGAGUUUUUAUUUUUUUUUGGACAUGGUUCAGGGUUAAGGUGUAAAUACUCCUUUUUUUUUUCUCUCUUUCUUUCUUUUUUUUUUUUUUAUGAACAGUGCCACGUGUUCCGGUUCACUCAUAUGGGCAAUAUGUGACACUUAUUUAAAACAAUAUACAAUAAAUUCUUUUAAAAA